GCAGCCCCUGGCGGCGGGUGCGGAGGAGCCGGCGCCGGCCGGAGCGGGCCGAGGAUGGGGAUCCUCUUCACCAGGAUCUGGAGGCUGUUCAACCACCAGGAGCACAAAGUAAUCAUUGUUGGUCUGGAUAAUGCAGGAAAGACUACCAUUCUUUAUCAAUUCUCCAUGAACGAAGUGGUGCACACCUCACCUACGAUAGGCAGCAACGUGGAAGAGAUCGUGGUCAACAACACGCGCUUUCUGAUGUGGGAUAUCGGAGGGCAGGAGUCGCUGCGCUCCUCGUGGAACACCUACUACACCAACACCGAGUUUGUAAUAGUUGUCGUGGACAGCACAGACAGAGAGAGGAUUUCGGUGACUAAAGAAGAACUGUAUAAGAUGUUAGCGCACGAGGACUUGAAGAAAGCAGGUUUGCUGAUCUUUGCUAACAAGCAAGAUGUUAAAGAAUGUAUGACUGUGGCUGAAAUCUCUCAGUUUCUGAAGCUGACUUCAAUUAAGGAUCACCAGUGGCACAUUCAGGCGUGCUGUGCUCUAACUGGAGAGGGACUCUGCCAAGGACUCGAAUGGAUGAUGUCAAGACUAAAGAUCAGAUGAUUUUUAAUGACCCCUUUGCACAGAGACUGCUUAAAAAAAAAAAAAAAAAGCUGUACCUGUGGUUACCUUCACAGUGGCAGAAUUGCUGGGUUAGGUGUAUUUAUAAUGAACUGAUUUCAACUUUAUUUUCUACGUAGAUGCACACACACAUGUAUAUAAAUCCAGGCCGUUCAGCAGAAAGAUGCAGGUGAUGGCUCGAGGUUGUUUUCCUCGUGGUGAUCCACCUUCCUUCCAAGAUGCAGCCACUGACAACAGUCUGAUGCCGAGUGUGGUGAAGAUGAAGCAAGAGAAAGAACUUAUGCUUUGGGGUUUUGUUAUUACAUUGUAGUCCUCCCUAGUCAAAGAUGUGGCUUCAUUAUUUCAGUAAAUUAGCAAACAAAUCAAUGGCAUAGAUAUCAACUUUCCAGUAUUUUUAAAGUUACUGAUGUUACAAAUGCAAAACUAUUUUCCUGUAUGUGUACUGUACAUAUUUGUGUAUAUUUAUACCUCGAUUUUAGGUUAAUUGCAAUCUCUUCAGACCAGUGUGUAAAGCUAAAUCAGUAUGUUGACAGCAGUACUAAUAUUUCACAUUGCCACCAUGUCACAACUUCUUUUCCUUCAUGACCUGUGUGGCUGUAAUGUCCAUCAGACAGUUGGCUCACCACAACUUUAUAAAGCAAGUUCUCUCUUAAGAAAACUGCUUGUUUCUCACAUGAUUUUUCAGUUUGAUUUUUCAUAGUGGGUUGGGGCAUACAGAUUCACCUUCAAAUUACAGCAUCAGCAAACAGUAAGAAUUUGCCAAAGAGUUUUGAAACAAAUUUUCUCCUAAUCAUCAUUGGAUUAGAUGACUCCAAAAAAAUGCAUGUCAUGAUGUUCUAUGCUACUGCUUUACUUCUUUGGCAGCACAUGUUCAUUUGUGAUUCAAGACUUGUAGAGGUACCUUUAGCUCUCAUAAAGGGAAAAAGUUUGUGGUGUUUUGUUUUUUUUUUUUCCUUCCUUAACCAAAGAGAAGAGAUGAAAGUAUGUUUAAAAGUCCCAGUGGAAUCCUACAAACUAGACAUAUGCUGUAGUGUUUUUCAGAGGAAGAGGUGCACUUCUUUGAUAGCAUCAAAUGUAUGUGUAUAUCCAUAUGCAGUGGUUGGAAUUGGGAUGGGGAAGGGGAGUGAAGUAGAAGACACUACUUGAAAAGCUGUGAGUGAUCCCUUGAUCAUGUUCCCACAGAAGUUCCAGGGCAGCACUUGCUGUGGAUAUAACUCCCUUGCACGGUCCCCAGGUGAGUUACAAGAAAGUGUCAAACACUGUGGUUGUCUUUUCUCCCUGCAGUAUUUCAUGGGUUGGUUGUUCUGUACGGAGGCUCAGAAUUGCCAUGUUAAAGGACACAGGCUCUUCAGUGGGACUGCAGUUGGAUGAUUUGAAAUACUACCAGCGUUGUAAAAAGGAUACGUAGCCUUAAUUGCAGGCUUUUAUGUUGGGGUUGUGUGUCGGAAGAGUACAGUAAAAUGAAAUAAAGCUUUGUUUAAAACGCCAUUCCCUUUUUAGCUCAUACAACUGAAUUGAACUUUCUAAUGUGCUCAUCUUUGGCUGUGGGGUAAUGUAGUCAGUGCACCUGCUCUGCAUUUGCCUGCCUCACUGGGGAUUGUGUUGUGAAUGUGUGGGAAACAAAAGGAGGCAAUUUCAAAGGUCUGUAUUUAACAAAGACAGGUAAAGAAUUUAACUUCUUAAUGUGUUUCUGGUAUCUAUGAUGCUCACUGGCCAGGGAUCCUGCUGUCAUCAUUAAGCAUUUUAACGUGUACAUGCAUAUCUUUCUGGUACAUGCACAUAGAUACUGGUGUGUUGCAAAAUGUACAGAUGUUUGAAUAAAUAACAACUUAGUGCAAAGAUGAAUUACUCAGUUUAUCUGAUGGUAUCUUUGGGAGCCAAGCUCUGUGCACUCUUGCAUAUAAAAUGGAGGUGUACAUCUUCUAGUCCUAAAGAAAAAGCAGACAUGCUUAUAAAGCUAUGUGUCUGGUUUUUGAGUCUUCUGUCUUCUCUUUCAUGCCUUCAAAUUAUUUUGCUUUAGCGUUUUUGAGUACUGCACACUGUUGCCUGAAUCUGUGAAGGUUGUGUGUUGGGUUUUUUGGUGGUUUUCUAAGACAAGAAGUUCUUCCUGUUCACGGAGGAAAUAUCAUGGAGCAGUUUCUAUCUGGCUACUUCUUGAUGGAAUUUGCUGCUGAUUCCUUCACUUAAAUUAGUAGGACAGUGUCCAGAUAAUGAAAGCGUGGUCUUUUUUUCCAGGUGUAGCAUAUAUUGCAACCAGACAUAUAUUUGCAGACUUAUAUUUACAUUGACUCUCCUUCUCCCCCUCAGUAUCCCGGCCACUGCCACUUUGUGUGCCUUCAAAGGUACUGCAUGGUUUGCUUCGCCUCUGUCUCGCAAGUGGCAGCCGACCCCAGCAGGGAGCUGAGAGUAACUGCACACAUGAGAUCUGCCUGUUAAAACAGUGUCUGGUGUCCUUAUGAGCUUGUAAUCUGAAAAGUAAGUAGUUGGAUUGCAAACAGUACAGCCUUAACCCAGCUAUGAUAGCAUCUAAUAAUUACACAGAAUCACGAGGCUUCUUUUCUAUCUCUUUCUCAUGCCACUGCAUUUAGAGGGAAGAUUUACUAAAAUCUUGUGUGGUGACAGUGCUUACUGAAACACCACAUGUCUGUAGCAUUCUUCAGCAGUGUUUGGGAAGCAAAAGCAGAUGUGCCUUCCUUGUACCUGCUAGGUGUGCAGUCUGUACAGGUUUCUGUAGUAGCUGGGCAGCCGUUAUCACAUCUUUGUGAGCAGAGGGAACUGUUCAGGGUUCCAACACAUCCAGCAGUGGUUGUGAUCUCAAUGAAAGCACAGCAAAAGUUGUGAAAGCAAAGGGCUGCACCCCACUGUUACGGUGAAAGACUCUGUGGAAGUGUCUGCCAGAAGGCUCCUCGUGAGAACAAGUGUAUUUACUGACACUGUGAGGAGAACGUGAGGUGGCUGUGCGUGUGUGUUCCUUCACAGCCACAACGCUGUCAUUGGGUCUUUUCCUAAGCAUGCUGCCUUUCGAGUCAUGUUAAAAAUAUUUUCCAAGUUAGUCAUGAAAUAGAAGGAAUCCUUACAUUUGGUCAUGGAGGAGAAAAGAGGCCAAACUCCUGAAGCCCUUUUCAUGCACUUCUUGUUUACAGUUGUUUUCUUUUCCCUGGAGGACGAUUCGUGGCUUUUUGCACAGCUCUGCUCAUAGAAAAGCGAGUUAUCUGUGCUGCACAGAGUUUCUCACAGUUAUAAUUUGGAAGCAAUUGUCCUAAUGCGAGUUGUGAUCUUGAUUUGUGUUGCAUCUGUUUCCCCUCCUCUGCGCUGUGUUGGAUUUCUUUCCCUUUGUUCUUCAUCCCUAGGAUAAUUUAAGAAGGAGGCAGGUGUCUUUUAAAAACAUGUCAUUGAGGUUUGUACUAUAGAACAACACCUUACCAGCAAACAAAAUAGCAGUGCAGCAUGUUUUAGUCUUUGAGUAUCAAGGUGUUUCUUUUGGUUUAGCACAUGGCAGAGUUGGCACGUUGGCUGUGCUCAGUGUUUCUCCUGUGAGCUGAAGAUCACACAGGUUUUUAAUUGUGAGGAAAAGUGGGAAAUUCUAACACAGAUCUGUUUGGCCUCCCUUUUAAGAUUCUUUUCCUCGUUUCAGGGAGGGUUACUGUUUUCCUAUGCACUAAAUAGUGUGUUCCCAGAUGCGUGUUCAUGUGUGAGUGCUCAUAGCUGAUAGGCACCUACUACAGUGUCUGCAGCCCAAGUGCCUACAACUAAUGAACUGAUCAGUUUUUUCUGUGUGUGCUGAAUUUUCCAUUCACCUUAAAAUAGACACAUAUCUAUGACAGUUUGUAAACCGAGUGUUCUUUCCCUUCCUAUGCCCCAGUUUUGUCAUGACUGGUGUAACAUUUUAGUUCUUGAAGCUUUCUAUCCUCUACAUUCCAAGCACUCUCCAUUUAUCACACAGCUAGCUUUCUUUGUGAAAAGAAGGGAUCCAUUUGUCUAUCAGAUUUUUCUUCAAAGAACUGAGUUAAAAUAAAUUAAUCCAAGAAUACUUGGUCUUGUAAACCUCCUUAUUUAAGUAGUUCUUUUUAAUUGGCUAAUAAGAACAUUAACUUUGCUACCGUCAGACUAAUUAUAUCUGACAAGUAGUUUCUCAGCUAAUUCAAAUGAAUGUGGUAUUGAGCUUUUAAACAGUGCAUCAUGGAGCAUUAUGGGCUAAGAAUGACAUGAUGCUGUGAAGAAUGGCACUAAGAAAGGCCAGUGUCUGUGCAUGUAGUCCUGGUGUUUUGUAAGUCAGUGCAGUGAGCAUGUGAAAUGCAGAAAAGGAGGAAUAAGUGGUUGCCACUAACUUGUUUUGCAUUGUUGCUUAGACUCAUAAGCAGACAUGGCAUCCUUGCCUUACGGGGGUUUUACUGGUUAACUUUUCUAUUGUACAGAAAGUGGUUUUGAAAUUCACAUUGGAUAGCGGUCGUUAUUUAUAAGAGGGUCGUCCCCAAAUAUUGACCUCUAUCCUGUUUGGGUUGGGUUUUUUUUUUUUAAGCUUUUCUUAUUAGUGACAUUUGAAGGCUUGUCUGCUACUGAAUUAAUACAGAAAAUGCUGCUUUCCCUUAAACCUGUAAUUCAUUCUUUGCAAAUCACCAUCAGCUCAGUGUUAUCUUGUCUAAACGUUUCCUGUGUCGAGCACCAUGGAGGGCAGAGCAGUCUCCUGCCACAAAGAGAAGAUGUGCUUUUCUGCUAAGAGACACAGACUCGGAUUGGGGAGGCUGAAAAAUGCAAGAACUGUGUGAUAGAGGAGGGCUAGGUGAGCCAGGUCAAACUGUGUCCAUGCAGAGCUCGAUCGGAGUGUUUUCAGCAUGCCCCCCCUGUUGUUACUGUGUGCUUUGCCAAAACCUUUUGUCCUGCAGUGUGGGCCCACCAUGCAGGCUGUGAAUGAUGUGGUUUAUUAUAUUCUCACUGGGUUUUUUUGUUGUAGUUUGUAUGUGAAGUUACAUCCAUGUGGCUAUGUAUUAAUGAUGUUUCUAGGGUCAUAUUUACUUUGCUUGCAUUUUGUACUUCUCUUCCUUAAAAUUUUGUCUUGAAAGAAAUUCCUAAAAUCCAUGGCUAGCUCUACUGCAAUAAAACUUCAUUCCAGAACACGUGAAAUUAUUGCUUCAAGUUAAUAUGAGGAGUUAUGGGCUGGUUUGUCUUGGCUUGAGCACUUCUGUGUUUUAAAUAUAAACAAAUCAAUUAGAGUGAUCUAUCUACAACUUUAUGAAGCUAUUUAGCACAGCCAAGUUCGGUUGCGAUUCUCUUGCAUAACUUUUAAUGAAGUUUUAUCAGAAUAUUCCUCAAAUUGUUUCCCCCUUUACCUCUUUCUGUCGUUCUGGUUUGUGAAACCCAGUGUGAGUGGAGCUGGAAGGAGCUCGUCUUGUUCUUGUAGCUCUUGUUUGAAGGGGUGAAACACGCACAGAUUUGCCCUUAACUGCUGGAGAGGCACACGCAGGUAAGAGGCUGUGUGCAGUCACAUUUAUUUAUAACCUCACAACUGCUAUCCUUGGGAAAACUACCAGUCCUUACUGCUCUAAAUGAAAACACUGGUCAGAAUUUUGCUGUUUGCAUUACAGCUCUUGCUUGUGUGGAAGGGAAACGUCUUUUCCCACGUGGUUAUAAGGGUUUGUCCAGGCAUCAUGUGGUGUGGAGAACUGUUUGGCAAAGCUGUGCUGCUGGGGUUUAUGCUGGGAGGUCGCUUGGUAAGAAAUGCGUCUGCUGGUUUUAAAUAGAAAAGAGAAUGGAUUUAAUGGUGGAAUGUUCUUUUCCUUCAGAAAAUACUGAGUUGUAGUGGUGUGUUCACGUGUCGCACGCUGGUAGUGCAGCCCUGGGCUGUUGGGGUUACAGGUAACUGCUUAGAAAGCAAACGGGAUGAAAUUGAAGCUGCUUUAAGAAAGAAAAAGGCAUGUGGCUGCUCCAAAGGUAUGCUGGUGGUCAGCGCUGGAGCUGGAAUUCAAUCUUGUUCCGUGGGUGUUAAUUUUGGACUUGUUGCUCUAUUUCUGUCUGCACAGUGCUUGUAGCCGUGUGAUAAUCUCUGAGAUAAAAGUAACGCACAGACAGGUGUUCACCAGCACAGAUACGUACAGUAACUGCAUGCUGCCUCUGUUACAGCGGCCUGAUGGACAGCAAAGUGCUCUCCUGUGCUGUUCUUCUGCCUGCUGUCUGAUGCCAGUCUACAGAUUGCUACGGUAGUCCAGAAAAAUAUACACAGAAGUAUUUUGGGAGGGUUUUACUCCUGCGUGUUGUGUUGUUAGUGAACAAUAACUUCACUCCUGCACAUAAAGACUGUUUGCCACUGCUGAUCUCCAGUCACUUCCCCUCUGCAGCCAACAGCUGAGCAUCCUGCAUAGAGCAGAGCUGCUGCAGUGAGCCUUGCCUUAGUCACUAACAUCUUCCUUAUGGACGUGGAAUUGGGCUUUUAAAAAGAAAAAUACUGUGUUGCUUUUUGGCUUUAUUUUUCUUGUCUGUGUGAAUGUUGAAGACUGCUGUGUUCUCUUUAAUUGUAUUUAAGUUACAACAUCCUAACUGUUGGAUCCUGUUACCACUUUUAGAAGUCCAAGUCACGCCAUUACUGCUGUUGCACAGUGGACUUUGAUUUAUUCCAAGUAUUUAAUGCAUUUUUUCAACGUGAUAUUGAAUGAGAUGCAAAAGUACAGAAUUGUUAACAUCUUGGGAGCCAAUGCUUGUUAUCAGCCUUGUUCUGUCUUGCUUUUUGCCUCAUUUUUCAGAACUGGAAGGCAUUUUUUUCCAGGUGUGUGUGUGUAUAUAUAUGUGUGUAGGCAAACUAUUGGGGUCAUGCAAAGUGAUGCAGACCUUGGAAUAACAAUAUUUUGUCUAAUUUCUUUGUACAUAAAGUCUUAGUCUGAAUACAGGUACUGUUGAAGACUUGCUUUUGAGGUCCUUGUACUGCUGAAUUCCAAGAGGCAACCCCAUUGUAACCUGUAUGUAUAGCUUUAAAACAUGACUUGUUGGAUGCGUAUUAGAGCUGUAUAAACAACUAAUAAACAUUAUUGUUUGUAUUAA